CCUCUGUUCACUCAGUACCCAUCUCAUCAUUAGCUUCAAGUCCUAUCAAUUGGUCUUCCAGCCCCCAGGACCUUAGCUCCAGCGAUGGAUACCCAGCCCGGUAAUUCCGAAGUCAAUCAAACCAACCGAAAGCGUGUCAUCACAGCUUGUCUGACCUGUCGCCAUCGAAAAGUCAAGUGCGAUCACACACAGCCAGUUUGUUCGCCAUGUAAGAAGGGGAAUCGCGUUUGCACUUACACCAGCCAGCAACCAACUUCCCAGUCUUCCCGCCCUGGAAACGGCAACCGAGUGUCAAGAAGCAACCGACCAACUGGCCAAGACGAGAUCCGGAACCGCCUUGAACGGUUGGAGCAACUUCUAGAGCGUGUACUCGGCGGUGGCCCAGCCAUCGCACAACAGCCGGCGGAGACAACUUCCAAUCCGGAACAUCCGUAUUCAAAGCAUCAGGGACUGGGUUCAUCACGGAAUCCUCAGUCGGAAACCUUAUCAACCGAUGGUUAUGAUGGCGCUUUGCUCCUUGAAGGCCAGGGGGGUAAAUCUCGCUGGGUAUCAUCUCUUCACUACUCUCUCCUGGCCGAUGAGAUCCGUGAUGUUAAGAUGCUGCUCGGAGGCCCGUCUGUCGAUGCACCAAGGGAAGGCUUGCCGACAGUUCGAUUAGAUUCCCCCUUUCCAUUUUCAGCAUCUUCGACGAAUGACCUCAGGACAUGGGCGCCGACUUCAGCAGACAUAUGCUUGAUUCUAUUUGAUAUCUUCUACUCUCACGUUGAUCCGAUGACUAGGAUAGUUCACAAGCCUACGCUCAAACGACGACUCAUCCAGUACAUCGAUUACACAUACGGCGUGAACGCUUCAAGCUCUGACAAUGAGGACUUUCCGGCCGCUCACUCCAGGGAGGAUAUUCAUACCUUCGAACCUUUGGCGUUGGCUGUCUUCUACUCAGCCAUCAACAGUCUCUCGCCUGAAGGCGUAUUGUUGCAAUUUUCUGCUGAAAAGGAAUCACUUCUUUCCCAAUUUCAAUGUGGCGUGCAGGUUGGUCUUGAGAGAGAGAACUUCUUGACUACACCAAGCAUUGAAGUACUUCAAGCAUUUGUACUGCUUCUGACCUGUCAGUCGCGGGAAGAUGACAUGGCAAAAACCUGGACUCUUCUAGGUCUCGCUCACAAGAUGGCGCUUUCGCAAGGUCUUCACAGAGAGCCCUCACUGUUCACGUCCACGGGCAUGGACGUCAUCCAAGUCGAGAUUCGCCGCAGGUUGUGGCAUCAGAUAUGCCACCUCGACUACCGCUCUGCAGAAAGCAGGGGUCAAGAGCCGACUAUAUCAGACGAGGACUUCACUACCUUUCUUCCACGAAAUAUCUCGGAUAAAGAUCUCAUUGAAGGGGGUCUCGACGGGACAUCAACACCUGCUGGGUUUACCGACAUGACGGUUCAUUUGAUCCGUCUGUAUGGUCACCAUUGUUUUAGACGAAUUGUUCGAGGCACUUACAAGCUUGAAAGAACGACCAAAUCACAAGAAGCCAAACAUAAUGGCAACAUGAACCCAAUUGCUAAGCUUCGGUCUCUAUUUGAGGAGGUUAGGGGCAUGGUGGAUGAGAUGGUCAAUCAUUUCCAAACACAAUAUCUACAAUACUGCAGUCCCCAGAUUCCGGAGCAACGAAUGGCAAUUGGACUCGCAACAGUAGUUGAAUGGCGUUGCUGGUCUAUCUUCUGGUUACGAACGCCGAAGCAGUACCGGGAAUCCGUGAUUACGCCUGAAGUCCGACAAAUAAUAUUAGAUAAAUCGGUCAGCCUCAUCGAAAGCUUGAAUACGAUGUCAGGCGAUAAAGACGCCCAGCGAUUUGGAUGGCAUAUUGGUGGUCAUGCAUGUUUCCAACCUAUCAUGCAUAUUGUCUCAGAGCUUGACAUGCCCGACCUCGAGGCUCCCAACCGACAAGCGAUACGGUCACGCGCCUUGGACGCAUUGAAAAAGACCAUGCUCACGAGGGGGCGAGAAGCAACGCCAAUGUGGAAUGCGAUGAAUCGCAUCAUCUCAAACAGCCUCGCCAAAUCUACCUCGAGACAUUUCACCAUGACGCCAUUCCAGGCUGCGCAGUCUGACUUAUCCGUGAACGAAACACUCCAGGGACUAGCUUCUUCUGCCACUGUACCGGGCCCAGCACUGCUGCUAGAUAUGCCAAUACCCGGAGAAUUUACAUCAUCAGCUUUGUUGCCUAACCCCAUAACGCUGGGUAGUAUAGAAAUGCUGGAACCUGAUUUUAUGUUUGACUGGGGAUUCUGGAACAUUGAUCCUACAGCUCCUGAUGCGUAUUGAGCGCCAUUGCUGUUCGGCCUGUCGCAAACUAAGGCCGGCAGCCCUGAGAAGACGUGCUGUACAAGUCUUAGGGAAUCUCUUGGUGAACGGAUGGCUAGAGUCGAGCCUCUCUGAAACGUCAUUGUGUUAUUGGCCUGUCUGCUAGAUAUUCAUGACUCCACUUGCUCUUAAAGAUCACGAAGUCAAUUUUUGUGCUUGUAGACUUGUUUUUGGGAGGAUAGGGGGGGCUUCGUCGUGUGCCACAUGGAAGUCCUAUGCGAUUCGGUUAGUAAAGGCUGAGAAGAAGCCACAAGCAACUUACAAAUAACUUUAUACCAUGCUGCAUGAGACGCUGUUCGAGGUCUGCCAUGGCCUAAUAGUACACAAAAGAUCAGUUUUUGUGCUGGGCAGUUUUCAGUGCAGUAUACUAGGACACAACACUUUCCUUUUUGAAAGGCUACAUCCUGUUGAUGGCUCCUGGUCGAGG